CGGAUACGCGUCAUCGGCAAGAAGAUCGACGCUAUGGCCUCCUCGCCCGACGUCCUCCAUCUCAUCUUUGAGUACCUCGACGACCACCGCGACUGGGUCCGCGCCGGCUGCGUCUGCCAGCGCUGGCGGCAGGUUGCGAGCAGCAACCGCCUGUGGCUGCCACUGCUGCGCCGGUACUGCAUACCGCCGAGCCUUAGCGACGUCACCGGUGCCAACCAACGAGCGUUCGCUGCGGUCGCUGCGCAGUACCCCGGCCACCUGGACAUCUACGCGGCGAUCGCGCCAGCCGUGAGCGUGUUGCGUACCAUCAACCCGUCUGCAGCGGCCGAGACGGCGCACAACGUGCCAUUUGUCCAGCUCUUAGCGCCGUCGGGUGGCCGACGCGACCUCUGGCGGCCGGAAGCGACGUCGUGCACGCGUGGCGAGAAGCUCCUCUUGAUGCUCUACCACUUGUUCACGAACACGUCGUUCAUGGACAUGCAGAUGUGCUGCGCCGCGCUCUUUGGCUUCUUCGUCUGCUACAACGACGUGUACGCGCUGCAUCUCAGGCGCCGAUGGACCGUCGACGUGCUAUCGCUGCAUACGCAGCACUUUGGGACGAUCCUCGGCUUCGCGUGGGCGCCCGGCAUCGAAGAAGGUUUUGGCUUGGUGCUCGACGGGGCCCUUUCUGGCCAUGUCAUCCGGUACGGCAAGGCCAUGGGGCGGGCCCACCGCAUGGGGCCGAUCCCGAUGGGCGCGAUCCCGUUCGAAGACCUUGGUUUCUUCGAGACGUGGCUCAACACCUUUGUGUCGGAAGUAUCGACGGGCGUGCGUCGCAUCGUGCGCGCCAACGAGACGAUCACGGCGCCGUCCGGCUUUCGCGAGGCGGGGCCGGGCGUCGGUGACCUUACGACGUACGGUAUCAACGUGCACGUGUCCACGCUCUUCCUCCUCAACAUGGCGCGGGUGACGUACCGCGUCACGUUCACAUACCGUGACUGCAAGCAUGCGUCGAUGCAGCUCACGCGGCGCCACUGGAUCUUCCGCUACACGGACGGUCAAGCGAGCGAGGUCGACGGCGACGGCGUUGUCGGCUAUUACCCGCUAUUGAGCGCCGCGACGCCCGAGUUUUCGUACGGCUCGUACUCGGACGGCGGCAUUGUCACGGACGUUGUCGACGGCCCUGGCGCCAGCCUCGCGAGUGCAGUCGCGUCGCUGGAAGGGUACUUUGAAUUUGUACCAGGAACGAUCGCCGCCCCAUUGGGCCCGCCGCUGCGCAUCCCAAUCCCGUUGGUUGCGUUUCAGCUGCCGCAAACCGCUCUCCGCAGCAACGACGACGAGUUCGCCGACGACGACGACGAGUACGACGAGGAGAGUAGCGAUGACGAGGCGUCGUAGGAGGUCGCAGUAGCGGACGGUACUGAUCGCUCAAAGACAAACCGGAUAUCAAUUUUGUCUUUUUCACUGAUUUUAAGGAUAUUUAGUGGUCGAAUUGCACUCUG